GAUGGCGUCUGCCACGAGGAGCUUCUGCGUGAUCCAUCCUGAGUCCGAGUCUGCCGGCUCGGAGAUCUCCUACGACCGCAGCUGCUUGAGUGUUCACGCCCAUGGCGGCGCAUCCCACGGGGAGUUCCGCUUCGACCGCGUGUUCGCGCCGGGCUCCUCGCAGGAGCUGCUGUUCGAGGAGGUGGCGCGCGAGCGCGUCACGGGCGCCAUCGAGCACUUUACUGGCGCGCUCUUCCUCGCGCUGGGGGCGUCUGGCAGCGGCAAGACGUUCACGGUGACGGGGGGCGCGAAGCGCUUCGCGGACCGCGGGCUCGCGCCCCGCAGCCUGUCCGCGCUGUUCGAAGUGCUGAGCCAGCACCCGGAGAGGGAUGAGUUCGAGCUCUCGAUCAGCUUCUACGAGGUGUACAAGGAGGUCGUGAUAGACCUGCUGGCGGAUCGCCGACAGCGCGUUGCGGUGCACGAUGGCGCCGACGGCCUGGUGCUGGAGGGCCUCACGCGGGAGAGGGUUGACACCGAGAGCGACGCUUACCAGCUGCUCUUCAGGGGGGACUCGAACCGCCACUUCGAGCGCCUGCCGCUGAAUCCCGAGACGUCCAGGGGCCACGUCUUCUUCGAGGUGCAUCUGGUCCACUCGCCCACCGCGCGAUGUGCAUCGUUGACCUUCGCGGACCUCGCUGCUGGCGUCUCUCUCCAGAACCAGGCCACGCUGGCCAUCGCCAAGGGCCUGGACGCACUGCGGGCUGUUGCCGAGGCGCUCAGCGCAGGCUACGAGCCCUUCUACGACGCCUCCGUCCUGACUCAGCUGCUCCGGCCAUGGCUGCAGCCGUGCACUGGUGUCCCGCAGUCGACGGUCACGCUGAUCAGCCAGGUCAGAUCGAGGCCUUCGUCCCGCGCGGAGCUCCCAGAGUGGCUCGAGCUCGCGGAGCUUCUCCGGCGGGCGGCGCGCGGCUGCCGCGCUGAGCCGCUGGCGGGCGACGACACCGUCUGCUACGAGGUGGAACUCGAGCGCCAGGCGCUGGCGCAGGCCAGUGCCAGGUGUCUGCCCGGCGAGGGCGGGGCCGGCCCGGUGGGUGCCCUGGGGCGCUGCGACGCCUCGCCCGCCUCGCCGUCGGCGGCCGUGCCGGCGGCCUGGGCUUUCUCCGCCCAGCCCACGGGGGGGCCCUGCGGUGCCUCAGGGGUGGCCGUGGCGAGGCCACCGUGGGAGCCGCUGGCGCUGGUGCAGCCAGCCUGGCAGGGCCAUGCCGCCCAGCGCGCGCAGCCCGAUCCGCCCGCGUGCCCCGCGUCGUCCGGCCAGGCGCCCGCGUGCCCCGCGGAGUGGCCCCUGGCCGGCCAGGCCGAGCGCGCGGGCGCGGCUGGCGCCGCGGCCCUUGAGGCCACGACGGUGCCUCCCCCGAUGCCACCAAUUCGCGCGGCCAGCCCAAGCCCCCCCGGGGCGGGGGGUGGCAGCGCGGUCUCCCUGCACAGCUGGAGCCCCGGCUCGUGCGUGAAGGCCCUCUCGGCGCCGCAGGCUGCGCCCGGCCACGAAUUCGAGGUGCCGCGCGGCAGCAGCGCCGUGGGCCCGCCCCCGCCGGUGGCCUCUCGCAACGCGCCGCCCGCGCUGCAGCCGCAGGCGUCCUACCAGCCCCCGCCGCCCGCGCUGCAGCCCCAGACGUCCUGCCAGCCCCCGCCGCCCGCGCUGCAGCCCCAGGCUUCCUACCAGCCCCUGCCCGCGCCGAUCCCCCUGCAGGCGCCCGCGCCCGGGCACGCCGGCCCUGCGCCGUGCCCUUCGGGCCCGCAGUGGCCACAGCACCCGCAGCGGCGGAGUGCCCCGGAGGCGGCUGGUAGCAAGGCCGCCGACCCGGGCUGUGGCCAUGGCAGGCCCCUGUCGGACUCUCGACAGAGCGUGCUGCACGGCCCCGUGUUCUCGGGCGCGAUGCGCGUGGCCACCCCGUGCCACAACCUCGCAUCGCGCGCGGCCGCAGCCGCUGCCUCGGCGCCCGGCCCGGCGCUGGGGCCUGUGCCAGGCCACGCGGGGCAGCAGCAGCCGCUGUCGCCGCACGCGCAGCGGGCGAAUCCUCAGCUGCAGGGCCUCGCGCCAGAUCCCAGCACGCCAGAGCCCGUCGGCUCGGGCCACCGCUCGCCCGCCCACCGCGGCGACGUGCCCCUGCAGAGGCGGAGCAAUGCUUAUUACGGCCCCGGCGGCUGCCCGCAGCCCCAGGGGCCUCAGCCGCACAGGCAGCCGCUCUCCCCACAGGGCAGCUUCGUCCCAGCGGCCGGCGUGCACCCCGCGGGCACCUUCUCGCCCCACGGCGUGCCGGCCAUGGCAGGCGGGCAGCCCGCGCAGCUGCGCUCCUCUGUGCCGCCACCGCACGCGGUCGCGCCGCAGUGGGCGCCGCCCGCGCGGGCGGUCUCGCGCUCCCCGUCACCACAGCCAGCGCAGGCCUCGUCUGGAGCAGCGCCGUGGCCCCCCGUGGGCGCGCCCGGCUGGCCGGCGGCGGCGCGCUCGUUCUCGCCGCAGACGCGGGCCUCCAUCGGCGGCACAGCGCAUGGCAGCGCAGCGAGCCCCUACGGCGCGCAGUGCGCCAACGCGCGGGCGUGCAGCCCGGGCCCCAUGUGUGGCGCCGAGCAGAGGCCGCCUGCGCGGGCGUACAGCGCCGCGGCGCCAGUGUCUCCCACGUGGGCCCACGGGCACGCGCAGGCGCGGCGCUCCGUGUCACCGAUGGAGCGGUCGGUGCCGCCACCGAGGGUGCCUCAGCACCCCGCGCCCGGAGUGGAGGCCAUGCGCCGCGCGCCCGCACCGCUGCUGCUGCAGGGCGAUGCUGGCGGGCUCCUUGGGCGCGCGCCCGCGGGCCAGGUCUACCUGUGAGUGGAAUGCAGUGCACGAGGGGCGGACGCGCGUGAGGGCGUGGCCUCAGCUCGAACUCUGCGCGCAAAAGCUCCGCCUGGGGUCCUGGCGGAUCUAGGCCU